GAUAUCAGCUGAUCUGUUCUGACGGAGCUACAGAGCGUCACCGAGUCGGGGGGCGACUGUGGUAUCUGUCCUAGAUGCGGCGGUCUAAUGUCUGCGAUCGGAAAGUUGCACGGUGGCAUGAUGGCAUCCACAUGCUUCUUAAAAGCAAGAAAGAAUAGUUAAACGACUCGCUAGAGCUGACUGAGACGACUGUUGAUAUUAUCUCUACGCUGCCGUGCGUUUUCACCAACAGAAACAACUUUGCAAAUGGUGGACAGGCAGGGACCUUACAUCUGGCCUUAAGGCCUGGCUAUUGCGUUCAGCAGCAAUAAUAGUAAAACAGUAACAGUAAUAAUAAUCGGAGUUCGUUAUUUAGCUGACAGUAAUAAUCUAAAGAGUUGCACAGUUGUAGACGAGCAGUCAAAGUAUAACGACAAAACAGUCCAUGCAUAUUUGCUGCCUCGGACCCGGAUAUUUCAGACGCACCAGCUGUAUUCGUCCGAUCGCGAAAGAUGUGGCUGAAACUAUUUUUCCUGCUACUCUAUUUCUUCUUGCUAUUCGUUCUGGCCCGUUUUUUUGAAGCUAUCGUCUGGUAUGAGACCGGGAUCUUAGCUACUCAGCUGGUGGAUCCCGUGGCUCUGAGCUUCAAGAAGCUGAAGACAAUCCUGGAGUGUCGGGGUUUGGGAUACUCCGGUCUACCCGAGAAGAAGGAUGUCAGGGAGCUGGUCGAGAGAUCAGGCACCCUGAUGCAAGGGGAGCUGUACUCUGCCCUGAAGAACGAAGAGGAGGAUGCAGAGCCAGCGUCCAGCACCAGCUUCAGUGGAGAGGUGCACUUUUAUGAGCUGGUUGAGGACACCAAGGAUGGCAUCUGGUUGGUGCAGGUGAUCGCGAAAGACCGAGAGCCGCUGCUCACUAAAGCCAACUGGGGGAAAAUGGUUCAAAAGGUCUCCAAGUUCGGCAUCCGAACAGGCACUUUCAACUGCUCCAGUGAUCCAAGGUAUUGUCGUAAGCGGGGCUGGCUGAAAUCCACUCUCAUCAUGUCUGUGCCGCAAACGAGCACGUCGAAGGGGAAGGUGAUGCUGAAGGAGUAUAACGGCAGCCGCAUCGAAACGGAGCACAUUUUCAAGUGGAUGACGGCACUGGUGGCGUCCCGGAUCAAAACCAUCCGCGUACCCCAGCAGCUUCUGCAGGAAUGGAACCGGAGCGACCAGCACCCAGUAAAGAUGUUCCUGUUUGCCAAGCUGGUGCAGCCUCCCGCCUUCUUCUCAGCACUCAGCGUUAAGUUCACGGGUCGCAUUGAGUUCAUCUUUGUGGACGUGCAGAACUGGGACAGCGACCAGUGCAUGGAAGAUAUCGGGGUGCGUCAGGUUCCUUCAUAUAUCCUCAAGACCCCAGAAGGUACUUACAGGUAUGGGAAUAGUACGGGGGAGUACAUCUCCCUCCAUGCCAUGGACACGUUCUUGCGCUCCGUUCAGCCGGAGGUCAACGACCUGUUUGUGCUGAGCCUGGUUAUGAUCAACCUCAUGGCCUGGAUGGACCUGUUCAUAACGCAAGGUGCCACCAUCAAGCGUUUUGUCGUCCUCAUAAGCACCCUGGGAACCUACAACUCUCUGUUGAUCAUUUCCUGGUUGCCCAUCCUGGGGUUCCUCCAGCUCCCAUAUCUGGACAGCUUCUACGAAUACAGCCUGAAGCUCCUGCGAUAUGCAGACACCACCACCAUCGCCUCUUGGGUGAGGGCAGACUGGACCUUCUACUCAUCCCAUCCUGCACUGUUCCUGAGCACCUACCUGGGGCAUGGACUCCUCGUCGAUUACUUUGAGAAGAAGAAGCGUCGCAGCAGCAACAAUGACGAUGAGCUGAACGCCAACAACCUGGAGUGGUUGUCCAGUUUGUGGGACUGGUACACCAGCUACCUUAUCCAUCCUAUUGCCUCCUUCCACAACUUCCCCAACGAGUCAGACUGGGACGAUGACCCGGACCUGCUCCUGCAGAGGCUGGCCUUCCCCGAUCUCUGGCUUCGCCCACUUAUCCCCACUGACUACAUCAAGAACCUGCCCACAUGGAAGUUGGGGUCUGCAGGCAGGUUCAGUGGGAGACCGAGUUCGAAGGCGACUGGUGAAGAAGACCAAGGUGGCACUGCAAGUGGGGAACUGCAGAACAAACCAGGGAGCAUGGAGGAGGAUCUGACAGAUGGCGAUCACCUCGGUAGGGGAACAGGAGACGCAUCUGGGGGUGCAUGCGAGGGCCCCGGCUGUUGUAGCUCUGGGAGGGGAGGCAGGUGUCACUCGGUCUGCUCUGAAGCACCGGUUAGGGAGGCCGACUGGUCCUCUUGGCCCCCAGACAUGAUGCAGUGCACGGAGUGUGUCGUGUGCCUGGAGAACUUCGAGGACGGCUGCCUCCUCAUGGGACUGCCCUGCAGCCACGUGUUCCACCAGCAGUGCAUCGUCGUGUGGCUGGCGGGUGGCCGUCACUGUUGUCCUGUUUGCCGGUGGCCCUCCUUCAAAAAAAAGGCGAACAGGGAGGAGAAUGCGGUGCAUCAGAGGGGACAGUACUAGCAGAGGGUGGAGCACAUCGCUGGGGUGUGUGUGUCUGUGUGUGUGUGUCUGUGUGUGUGUGUGUGUGCGUGCUGGCUGGGUACCAGGUCCCCGUGCCUAACCUCUGAUCUCAAUGUGUCAGUGUUAGUCCUUAGAACUUCGUUAAGGGUUUAUUUCCUUUUUGGGGCAGAUCAGUUUAGAAAGGUCUUUGGUGUGACAUCAUCACUGAUUUCAGUUGCCUUAUUCAUUUAAAAACAAAAAUUGACACCUUUCGGAUUGUCAGAAGAACACAUGAAUUUACAUUAAUGGCAACUAAAUUUGUUCAUUCAUUCCUUCGUUGUGAAAAUUGCAAAAUAGAGGCACAAAAUGAAAAUAUCAAUAAAAUAAAUCCUUAGCCCUUAAGUACCUCUGAAAGCCUAAGGAAUAUUAUUUACGUAAAAUUUCGAAAAGGCAGUAAAAUAGUAGUGGGUGGCACCUCCACAUCUGGCCUAGUCUGUAAAUCUGCCCAUUGGAACAGGCUGUCCUCCAUAAUCCUACACGGCCAGCGGUCUGGUCAGUCUUUCAGGCUGUUGACUGAACCUUCAACUAGUGUUCAAGAUAAAUGUUUGUCAUGUCUUGGCCUCCAAAGCAGGGCUGGACUCUUUAAGCUGAGCACUUUGAACAUACCACCCAUUCCAUAGAAAGGCAGCUGACCCUGUAAAUGGUAGCAGUUGGGCGACGGGUCUGUCAAAGGGCAAGGAUGUAGAGAGCAGAUCUGCCCCUGUGUGUGACACUGGCAACCCUCUCGACCCACCUGACCUGGUGAAAGGAACCAAAUCUACACACUACUUUGUGUCUGAUCUUAUUUAUUUUUAAAAGUUUUUUAAACCUAACUUGUGGUAAGCUGAUCCAGACUCUGAGAACUGCUAACACUUAAAUGCGUUGGGUGACUCUUCCCAAAAUGAUAUUAGUUUCUUUUUUCUGCCUGUUUUGUGUCUCUAAUGUAUCCUGUUGCAUCUCUAGGGGAGUUAAAUGUAAGCUGCAAGUCAGUCAGAAGACAACCAGUUCAUUCAUAAUAUAGAUAAAAUGGAACCCAAACAAAAUGGUUUUGUCAAACCCAUCUCUAGCGAAGGGUGUCAUUGUACUGAGCUGGACAAGCUGAACUUUGUACCCCUGAGUGAAGUGGUUACACUGAACUGCUUGGAGUAAAAAUAUCAAGUGGUGCAGGAAAGUAAAGACCUUAGGAUCUGCAAGGUAACUUAAUAAUAAGGUCUCAUCCUACUGCUAAUUGAAGCAAAUAUGUCAUUGUAUUAUGUUCUGCAAUACCUAUUCCUAUUUAUAACCAGGUAAAAACAUGAAGACAUAUUUAUAUUGUGGAAAGUGUUUACUAAAUUUACCCAAUAAAAUAGAAAGUGGGUUUUUUUUGAAGGAGACCUGCCAAUUGGGAGCCAAAUCAGAGAGUUAUAUAUAUGUAUGUGUAUAUACAAUAAAACUUGAUGCUGACCACUCAAUAAAAAGUUAAUUCUAAAA